GAGACUGCGGUGUUGUUAGUUUGAACAAAAUGGCUGCGAGAUCACUGUCAACGAGAGCUCACUGAACGCCUACCAUGAGUGUCCGCUCCGCUGUCUGGAUCCACACAGAAUGUAUUUCCUUGGAGUCGCUACUCACUCUGCAUUCGCGGUAGCCAGCCCGUCGCUAGUCGUCCAACCGGCGACUUAAACUAAAAAAACAAAAACAAACAAAAAACAUUUCUUUUUGCACUUUAAAACAAGUUGGCUGGCUGGCUCACGGCCGUCGGCUUGCUCAGCGAGAACUCAACGGCGAUUUUUUUUUCAACGAAAACUGCCUGAAUUCUCCGUUUUGCAAAACCUCGUAACGGUCGACGACUAAAACGCUAACCAGCUAACGUUAGCUUACAUAAUUUAGCUGCUUUUAAAAGUCAUUGUAUUCGUGUUCGUUUUUUUUUGUUGUUUUUGUUAUUAGUGGUGCUUCGCCCCCUUCCCAGCCCCCCGAUCUAUCGUGACGUUUUAACAAAACAGUUUUUUGGCGAGUAUAAUUUCAAAUUUUUUGAUCGAUAUAUUUUUUUUGCUCAAAGCAGAAAUUACCGUACUUGCUGUGUAUAUAUCUGGCUGAGUAGCCGUUGUUUACCUCGGUAUCUUGUCACCAAGCUGCUUCAGCGGCAGCAGUCGGCUUAUGUACCAAGUCUGACUUUAACUGCGACUAAAUGUCUGCUCCAUCUCUUUACGGGUAACUUUAGAAAAGACAUCGGAGAAUGCUUUUCUGCAUAUUUUUUUCUGCCAUGUAUCGACUCUUAACCGAAAGCUGCCAAAGCUGUGAUUAACACAAGCUGAUAAAAGCUAGCAACAGAAGAAAGAGAACCAUUUGAUGGAAGAAAAGAAAAAGAAAAAACAAGAAGAAAAGACCAAGAAGGACGUCGCGCAGAAAAAGGCUGCUGAUCAGAAACCCAAAGUGCCAGAGCCUGCUCCCAUUAAGCCCAGUCCCGGCACAUCCCACCACCUCCACCCCGCCAGCCCCACGCUGCCCCUCUCCUCCUCCUCGUCCUCUUCUGGCAAUGGCAAGCGCGCUUCCUGCAGUAGCCAGCUCCUGACUCAGACUCCCCCUCAGCAGCAGUGCCAGUUGUCCUCUGCCAGUGCUCGCUACCCGCCCAGAGAGGUGCCCCCACGCUUCCGUCAGCAGGAGCACAAACAGCUACUGAAGAGAGGCCAGCCACUGCCUGCAGGAGCCCUCAGCGCUCUCACUCUCUCCUCCUCCUCUUCCUCCUCCUCUUCACCCUCAUCAUCUUACUCUUCCUCUUCUACAAGUACCAGCAGCACUACCCCAAACUCUGCCACGUCUACUGUGGGCAACCACCACUCAGACAUAUCUCUUCAGAGUGGCCCUGGUGCCCAGUAUGAGACCUCUCAUUGGGGAGCCUCUGUACCAGUUAACAGCCCAUCCAGUGCCAACAGCUGGGACAAAGUGAUUAUUGACGGAAGUGACACAGAAGCUUGGCCCUCCAUCAGCCGCAGUAGUGACCCCAGCCACCCUGCAACACCAGAAUGCCCCUUGGGCUCAGCUAGCUCUAACUUAGACACCAGUGCUGUCACUACUACCAGUAGGAGUAGUUUUCUGAGUAUGGCCACAGGUGCCGCAGGCCAGCAGGCCCACUAUCCUUCCCUCAAAGCUAACAAUAACAUGAUGACAGGACCUGGAUCAACCAACACAUUGGCUGGUAGUAGAGGCUGGGGCUCAGAUGGAAAACAAGAUGGUAUGAAUGGUGGCCGAGGAGCACCCAAUAACUGGGGCUCUCCCAAUUUUAACUUGAACCUCAACCCUAAUGCUAACCCUUCUGCCUGGCCUCUUCUAGGCCAUGAGGGUGGUGGAGGCGGCAGCAUUGGCCCCAAUGGGGUGUCCAAUUCUUCAUCCCUCCCACCGGGUGUAAAUGGCAAUGGAAACAUGGGGAAUGGGAGUCUGGGAAAUGCUGAUAAUGGUGGGGGAGGUUGGGUUGGCAUGAUAGCUGCUAACGAAAAUGAUCAGCAGCACCCUUCAACCAACACAAACAUGUCCUUCAAUAUGGAGCCUGCUAACCGUAACACUGACGGACCAAACCACACUAAACAACAGCAACAAGCUCAGGAGCCUAUGAGCCCUAUCCAUGGCUUAACUGGCUGGGGAGGCCAGUCACCCACUGAAUCAUCCCAGCUCAAUGGGGACACAACAGGCAGCUCUGUAUGGGGUAGUGGAGAAACCAAGGCAGCUGAAUCCCCUAAGGACUCAGGCUGGGACUCAACUCCCUCUGGAGGUCUUUCUGCCUGGGGCCGCCAAGGCAGUGGUGGAGGGAGUAGUGGAAGUGGUGGCUGGGGUGACUGGGGAAAAUCCUCUGGUGGUGGAGAUGCAUCUAAAGGCUGGGACUCAGUAGAUGCUGGCAGUUCUGGCUCCGGCCAGGAGCCGCAACUUAGCUCAUGGGGGCAGCAGCCUGGAACAGCCCCAGCAAGUGAGGAUAGUGGGGACAGUAGUGAAGGUCGAUCAAAUCGCAGAGACAGACCCUCCAGCGUGGAAUUUGCCCCCUUGCUACCCCGACAGGACUUGGACCCCCGAGUGCUGAGUAACUCAGGUUGGGGACAGACCCCCAUCCGACAGCACACUGUAUGGGAGAUGGAAGAAGCCAGCUCUAAUGAUGGGAAGAGCAACAGCAGCUCAGACACUUUAGGGGCCCCCAGCUCUAAUAGUGGACCCUCAUCAAGCAAUGGAGGUACCAUUAACCCUAACAUAGCCCCCAGUCAGAGGCCUGGCUCUGGAGGAAAAAGUGACAGUGAAGGAUCAUCCUCUGGCUGGGGAGCCCCUCCACCUCAGCCAAUUCAGACUGGAUCAGGAUGGGGGGAUCCCUCCCAGUCACUCAGCAAAGCACCAAAUGGCACUACAAGUGGCUGGGGAGAUCCUUUGCCUACCAAUGGUCCUAAAAGUGGGGGCACACCAUCCUGGGGUUCUGAGGACAAGUCACCCAGCUGGGAUCAAGGCAUGAUGAAAAGCCAGCCGACUAGCUGGGGAGAGGGCCCUAAAAGCUCCCAUGGUUGGGGCAACAAUAAUGGGGGCACCAAUGGCACCACCAGCACAGGGGACUGGGGAGAGCCAGAUGUCAAGAACAAUGGGUCCUCCAGCAGUAUGUGGGAAAGUGAAGGAGGUAAUGGAGGAAGUGGUGGCUGGAAGGAAAGCCCAAGAGGAGGAAGUAGAGGAGGAAACUGGGGUAAACCUGCUCCUGCUGUAAGUAACAGCAACUGGGGGGAGAGCCCACGUGCCAAUGGCUCAUUGCAGGGAGGCUGGGGUUCUUCCAAGCCCCAGGAAAGCAGCAGCAGCAGCAGCACAGGCAGUGGAGGAGGUGGCAGCAUUGGUUCUUGGGGUGGUCCUGGUUCUGUAAAGCAGAGCAACUCUGGUUGGGGAAAUGUCAGCAAACAGGAUCAAAGCAUGGAGCCUACUGGCUGGGAAGAGCCUUCUCCUCCUUCCAUCCGCAGGAAAAUGGAAAUUGAUGACGGAACUUCCACCUGGGGCGAUCCCAACGCCUACAGCAAGGCUGUCAACAUGUGGGAUCGUAACAACCCCAACGGUAACCCAGGCAACGGCGGGCCACCUCCCAAUAAGAAUGGUGGAAUGAUUAUGCCCAACAAUAAUAACAACAAUCACUCUGUUGUCCCCGGCAACAAUAAUCACCAUCACUCUCACCACAUGCACCACCAUCCCCAUCAUGGUCAGCCCCCAACCAUGCAACACCAUGGAAACAACAAUGGAUCACCCAACAAUACCACCUCACAUCCAGUUGCUGGCCCCCAGGGUAGACCCCCCCUCGCCAACCCAGGUUGGGGAGAACUUCCCAGUGUUCAGCCCAAGUCAGAGCCUGCUUGGGGAGAGCCAGCAGCUCCAACGUCAGCUGUGGAUAAUGGUACCUCUGCCUGGGGCAAGCCCCCAGGUGGAGUCGGAGGAUGGGGAGAUGGUGGCCAUGAGCCCUCUGGCCCUUAUGGCAGAGCCAAUGGACCCCCAGGUUCUGCACCUUGCAAGCCAGGCCCCAAACCUAUGCAAGAUGGCUGGGGAAGUGCAGGAGAGGAGAUGGGUAUGUCCACUGGCCAAUGGGACACUGAGGAUGGGGAUGUAUGGAACAGUCCCACCUCCCAGGAGAGCAGCUCCUCCUGCAACUCCUGGGGCAAUGGACCCAAGAAGUGCCCAAGCAAGGGGAAGAUGGGUACCAAGCCAGAUGAGGCUUGGAUCAUGAACCGUCUCAUCAAACAGCUCACUGACAUGGGCUUUCCGAGAGACCCUGCUGAGGAUGCAUUGAAGAGCAACAAUAUGAACCUUGACCAGGCCAUGACCGCGCUGUUAGAGAAGAAGACGGACCUGGACAAGCGGGUCAUGGGCAUAUCUGAUUACAGCAAUGGUAUGAACAAGCCUCUUGUGUGUCGGCCCUCUGCACUCUCCAAAGACCCCUCCGACCGCACCACCUUUCUCGACAAGGAUGGUGUCCUGUCAGAUGACGCCCCCCCAUCACCAUUUCUGCCUUCCCCCAGCCUGAAGCUCCCCCUGGCCAACAGUAGCCUUCCUGGACAGGGUUUGGGACAGGGCAAUCCGGGACUGGCCAUGCAAAACUUGAACAACAGACAGAUACCCAGUGGAAUGUUUGGCAGUAGUGGAGCAGCACAAACCCGGGCCAUGCAGCAACAGCCUCCUCAGCCACCAGUGCCACCUCUCAGCUCCUCCCAGCCUAGUCUACGUGCUCAAGUGCCUCAGUUUCUCUCCCCUCAGGUCCAAGCACAGCUCUUGCAGUUUGCAGCAAAAAACAUUGGUCUGAACCCUGCACUUUUAACCUCACCAAUAAACCCUCAACAAAUGACCCUGUUGUACCAACUUCAGCAACUGCAAAUGGCGUACCAGCGUUUACAAAUCCAGCAGCAGAUGAUGCAGGCGCAACGCAAUGUUUCCGGCCCCAUUAGACAACAAGAGCAGCAAGUUGCACGUACAAUCACCAACAUGCAGCAGCAGAUCCAGCAGCACCAGCGUCAGCUGUACCAGGCGCUGCUGAUGAAGCAGCAGCAACUUCCCUCUCAUUCCUCCUCUUCCUCCUCCUCGUCCGCUGGUCUGCAUCCCCCCGGUGGCCCUGCUGGAGGCCCUGGCUCCGGCAAAUCAACCCUGGACCCCUUCACAGGCCCACACCAGGCUCCAGGCCUCUCCGACACACUGCACACCAAAGAGCCGCCAUCUUCGCCCAACGCCUACAGCACCUACCCUCUCUCUGGACUGAAUCCAAACAUGAAUGUAAACUGCAUGGAGGUUGGGGGUCUGUCCCUGAAGGAGCCCCCUCAGCCUCAAUCUCGCCUGUCCCAGUGGACACACUCCAACUCCAUGGACAACCUCGCUGGCAACUCUUCAAAUUUGGAGAACAACCUCAAUAAACACGGUGCCAUAUCUGCUGCCUCUUCCCUGGUCCCUCCGGGGAAGCCUCCCCAGAUGGAGGACUCAUACAGCCCUUACAAUCUAAUCUCCAGCUCUGAGUCCCCCACCAGCCCCCUGGUGCCCCCUGAUAGCUGGGGCCAGGGCAAGAGCCCUAACGAAAAGAUCUCCAAUGGAACCAACAUUAACUGGCCCCCAGAAUUCUGUCCAGGGGUGCCAUGGAAGGGCCUUCAAAACAUUGACCCUGAGAAUGACCCCAAUAUGACCCCUGGCAGCGUCCCUAGCGGUCCCACCAUCAACACCAACAUCCAUGACGUCAACCGAUACCUGCUGCGAGACAGGAAUGGAGCCAUUUCCCCAACUUCUCCACUCCCGAAUGGCUCUCUGCCUCCAACCAGCAGUGACUGGCCAGUCAGUGGCUACUCUAGCUCUUUCAGUCUGUCGUCCUGUGAUGGAGACAGCUCAGGUAAACUGUCUGACCUGAAAUCCACCUGGUCUCCAGGACCCAUCUCUCAGAGCCAAGCCUCUCUGUCCCACGAGCUGUGGAAAGUCCCUCAGGGGCCGCGCAACACCACAGCACCAUCCCGGCCCCCGCCAGGCCUCACCAACAACAAGCCCUCCUCCACCUGGGGAGGAAACUCAUUGGGCCUGGCCCAAGGUUGGAGCGGCUCCUACUCCUCUGAGGGAACCACAUGGAGUACUGACAGCUCCAACAGGACCAGCAGCUGGCUGGUGCUGAGGAAUCUCACCCCACAAAUUGAUGGUUCAACUCUGCGGACCCUGUGCAUGCAGCAUGGCCCCCUGAUCACAUUCCAUCUCAACCUGACCCAGGGGAACGCAGUGGUGCGCUACAGCUCCAAGGACGAAGCUGCCAAGGCCCAGAAGUCCCUGCACAUGUGUGUGCUUGGAAACACCACAAUCCUGGCAGAGUUUGCCGGUGAGGAGGAGGUGAACCGCUUCUUUGCACAAGGCCAGUCGCUAGGGGCAAACACCACAAGCUGGCAGGCCAACCCAGGAACCAAUCAAAACCGGAUGGGCGGAACAGCGCAGUCCCACUCUAUUGGCCAGUGGAGCAGCGGUGCCGGUGGAGGCAAGACCAGCGGAGGCGACCUGCUGUGGGGCGGGGUGCCGCAGUACUCCAGCCUGUGGGGACCGCCUAGUGGAGAGGACGCCCGUGUGAUUGGGAGCCCCACUCCCAUUAACACCCUGUUGCCUGGAGAUCUGCUGAGUGGGGAGUCCAUGUAGGAUGAUGCCACGAUACACUAACCAACCAACCCACCGCCACCAUGUCAUGUAAGCUAAUGAUGGAGGGUGGGGUGGACAAAAAAAAAAAAAAGAAGCGCGAAACAAAAAAAAUUCAUUAUGAACAGGAGCAAAACCCAAGCAAAUCAUGUGGCGAUAAUCAGUAUCAAUUUGAACUGUUUUGAACUGUGAAUUGUGAAUCAGAAGGCUGGGGUCCCUACCACACAGACUGCAGACCCCAGUGCUUCUGUUUUACUUUGGUCCUUUUUUUGUUAGGUUUACCUUUUUUGAGGAAAAAAAACAACUUUUUCCUUUUGGUAUUUUUGAAAUGCAUCAUAUGAAAAAAAGAACUGAAAUGAGACACAACACAAAGAAACCUUUGAAGUGUUUUUAGUUUUCCAUAAGUAUACAUUACAUUCUGUGUGAAGUGUUUUUAGGAGAAGCAAUCAAAGCUGCCAUCUGAGACUUUCCUUUUCCCUCCAAAAAACAACAACAAAAAAAUCAUCCCAAAAUAAGACUUAAAGUGACCAUUCCCAGCAUAUCCAUGGCCAAUGAUGUUGUUCAAAGACCUUUACUAGUUAUGUUAAUGUUUGUUUCUCAGCACUAAUAUUAGCCUUAAGUGCUCUCUGGCCCAGGUCCUUCUUAAGCCGCCUUUUUUAGUUUGUUUUGUAACUGAAAAAAUAGCUGAAAUCUUGCACAGUUUCACCUCUGAGCCAGCAAGUGGUACAGGACAUGACUGGUGACCAGCGCUGUCACUGGGCAGUAAGAAGGCCUAGCCACAUGACUGGCACUACCAAUCAUCUGCUUAAUUAUUUUAAUUUGUCUCAAAGGGAUUGACACAGGUGUUAAAUGUUCUCUGUUUUUUUUUUAGGUUGAAAUCUAAGCAAAUUUUUGACAUCUAUCACAACAUAUAAGCUGAGAGAAGAUUAUUUGUCAGCCAUGCUGCGUGUGUUUGUUUUUUGUGGUUAUGUAUGUCCGGUGGCACCUAAUCAUUGACAUCUUCAAGCCCAGAUCCUUCUGGUCACCUUAAACUUGGAACCCAGGUGUUUACUGGUGCUUUGUCGAAUUUUCUAUUGCCCAAUGUGUUAUGAAGCCCAGCAGCCACUAUGGCCAGCCAAUUUUCGGAGUUAAAAAAAAAAAAAAAACAACGCAAUUUUACUUUAGAGUUACAUUGUGCAAUAUACACCAUAGACCUUUUUUCCGUCCAUACUCGAUGUCCACCGGACAUUGUUUGGUUUUUAUUUUUGUUAUUUUGUUUUUUUGAUCAUUGCUGAUUUCAGCAAAAAGACUUUGGAACUUCAAAACACCUUACCCCUUUUCAAAACUUGGAUUCCUUCCAGGCCGCCAAUCUCUCUGAAACUGUUGGGAAAAAUCUGCAAAGAGGAGGAAGCAGCUGUUGAACUGUGCAUGCGGCAAACUGUACUGAAAAGUGACACUGGGUACACAACAAUGCACACUUCCUCUCUGCGUGCCACAGCCACACCCAACAGAGACUGAAACCACAGUGGGAUUGGAUGGUCCUGGGUAUCUGGCACAAUACCAAAUAAGAGGGGUUUCUCCUAAUGCAGUAGACCUACGAGUGUUCCUUGCGUUUGGUACUGUACAAACAGAAGAGACUAAGACUUUUAUAAAUUCAAAGGGUUUUAUCAUAGCACUUAUGAAGAGCAAAUCGCUUCAACUGCAAUCUAAUAAAUCAAAAAAAGGAGCAACAAAAACAUUGAAAACGGAAAAAAAAAAUGCUCUUUUAUGUACUGUAUCUAUUCCAUGGAAAUGUGUCUGGCGUUGUUCCUCUGGUAGCAGGAUGAAGGGAAACAAAACUGAAAUGUACCAUUUGACUUUGGGGGAAAAAACUGCAGUCUCAUUUUUUUUUCCCUUCUUUGAACUAUAUCAAAGUGAAUAUCACUGUUACUCCAAAAUCGUUAGCCUUGUUCUGUUUGGAGGCACUAGACUUGCAAUGUCAGCUGUCUCUGACACCCGCUGGCCAGUCAACCAGUCAGUCAGUCAGUGGGUGAGUCAGAGUGGGGUGGGGUGGGGGAGUGUCCACUGAGUGCCUCUUUGCUGUGGUCUCCUGGGUGUCAGGCGGCAGCCCCACAGCACAGCACUUCCUCCUGGGCUCCACUUGACCCACCCUCAGUCUGGCAAGAAAUACAGCUCCUCCAGGACUGACCAAUCACGGUUCUCUGCCACACACGGCAUCACCACUGGGGGCCCAGCACCACUCGACCCCGCUGUCGUCCUGCCCUCUCCCCCCAUCUCUCAGUUCUUUGACACAAAGAUCACUUUAGCUGGAAGAAGUAAUAGUCAUAUUUCUGGAAUUUUUGCCAGUGUACUUUGUAUUUUUUGAAAAAGAUCAUUUGACUUUUUUUUUUUUUUUUUCUCAAUGUGUUGUAUUGUUAUUUUUGUCUACAUGCAGUGGUCUACAAAAUACUGGCUGCUGAACUAGCCCUUCACUGUUCAUAUGCAGAAACACUUUGGUCAGAGGUGCCUCUGUAUGUUCAUCCUGUGUAUUGAAUGCAAAAUGAGGAUCAAUACUACAGACCGUUAUUGAUUGUCUAUUUGUUUUUAACUGAUCACGCUUUUGUGUUUGACAGUAUUCUGUAGUACUUCUAGGUAGUAACUUGAGAUGUGUUUUAAAAAAAAAAAAAAAAAAAAAAUUUAAGGUGUCUCAGACGGGAAUGUGGGUGUUUGUCGCUCCAAGCUGCUCCGCCUGCCCGCAGGCUGUCCCCCCUUGCCCUUUGCCUAGCUGCUACGCUAUAACCUCCUCUCCUCCUCCACCUCAACCAGACCCAGUAGCCCUCCCCUGACCAGGCACCAACAGGCCCUCGUAUCUGUUUCUAUGCAAAAGACUAGAGGCUGGGGCCCUUUACAGCAUGCCAGACCUGACUCGGGAACGAGCACUCCUCCCAGAGCUUGGCGUUCCCAUCGUGGCACACCAGUAUUCCCCUGUGCUCUCCUGUCAGCACUUCAAAAUGGCCGCAGUUUCUGUGAAGUCAGGCUAAGCCACCAGAACACUGUCAUAUACUAAAGUCAGAACACUUUAUCAUAGGUCGGCCUUUUCUCUCUGUGCUGAAGACACUUCUGUCCAGCUCGAUCUCAGGGUAGGGGAGUUGAUGAUACCAAGUAUGAGAAGCAGCUCUCCGUAUCUGUCCUUUCUACUGUGAGAGCAUAGUCUUAAAUUAAAAGGCCAUCUGUGCAACAAUAUGUACAGACCUCAUGCUUCGAAAUUGAAUCCUUAUUGGAAGGGGAAAGGCUUGUAUUGAAUCCUUUUCCUAACAGGUGGCCUAUUGUUACUGUUUGGGGGGGAUAUUAUUGCAUGUAAAAGAUGCCAACAUAUUGUGCCAAUAUAAAUUUGCUGUGUCAUACUGUAUCUUUAUAGAGAGCACUUCUGUUACCUGUUCGGAGGAGCUUUGAUAACCUUUGCGGAGGGUGCAGCGGGGGACAGGAGGGAUCAAACAAAAGGGCGGCAGCAUCACACCCUUAAAUGGCUGAGGUUUUUUUUAUGCUUUUGUGGGGAAUGCCCCAUGUUAAGGAGGAAAUCUUUACUCAGUUGGGGGUUCCAGUUUGCUACAGUGCACAGUUGAUGAUGGGUAAUCCCGGGUACAUAUUUUUUUAAAACCAAAAAUGAAAUCGCAUUUUAACGUCAUUUUUAUGAAGUUUGACAUAAAAAUCUUAAAAAUGCUAAAAAAUCUAAAUGAAAAAAAAAGAUCUAUAAUAUGUUAAAGCUCUGCACUUCUAGCUGAAACAUCUCCGGUCUUCGGCCUCUACUACCACCAUCUAACGGAGUAGAGCGGUGGCCGGGGUGCCUUUUUGUGGAUGCUGUAUUUAUCUCGUUUUAUGUUUGUGUCCUGCUCAAAGCGGGCCCACUGAACUGUACAUUUCCACAGACCCAGAUGGCUUGGGCCCACUGUAUCAGCCUCACUCUCCAAUUCUGCAGCAGCAGGACGGGAGAGGCACAUUUCAAGAGGUACAAAGUCUUAAAAAAAAAAAAAAAAAAAGCUUAAAAAAGUUACAAAAAAACAAGAAAACGGGAAAAGGCUACCUUUCAGGACUUGAGGUCCUGCAGCACACAAGCAAAAAUCACUAUUGCCUGUUUCUGUAACUGCCUUGAUCCAAGCUCAGACAGACCCAAUAGCCGAGGACCUCCCAGCAUCCUGUACUAACUGGAGAACCCUGACAGUGAAGGGGGUUUCCCAUGCUGCACCAGCAUCGAGAGGCUCUCCUCUCUACAGCUCUGUUCUACAUAGCAGUAUAUAUGUAUACACCGCAUAUAUAUAUACUGUGAGUACGGUGUGUGGUAUCACCUCUUCAGACUUCUUGGAUCGUAACCUCUGAAACUUUUCAUUUUUGUUUGAAAGGUCUUGGUUUAAUACAACUGAAAAUGAGCAAUAUGUAUUUUCCCCGCAAAUAAGUGAUACAAAGGAAAGAAUUUGGGUCGGGUGUAAACUAAUACUUGAUUGAAAGCUACGUCUUUCAUAUGUGGAGUUGGAUAUGCACGUUCUGGUUUUGAUGACAUAUUACAGUACUCUGAAGUGCUUGUACUGUAUAUGUGUGUAUUUGUUUGUUAAUUAGCCUGUCUGAAAGCCCAACGUGAAUCACCUGGUUUAAUGCAUAUUUUACCCAGUUGACUUAAAAAAAAAAAAAUCACAAACAUAUCAAAACUAAACAAAAUAUUGAACAGAAAUACUUGAAUCAUGGAGCGCCAAUAACAUAAUGUGAAGUCAGUAAUUCUUAUUUUUUGUUCUCUCCAUCUGACAGGUACACUUAGGGGCUUUUAGAGAGUAUCAAAUAUGUAAUGCAUUAAGUUACAAAUACAAAAUCUUUGAAAAAAAAAGUCAUCUUAGAUGUGUGCUUGAGAGUCAGAUGUUUGUAUGAAUGCGUGCUCAAGAAACUGUGUGUGUACAGGACACAUGGCCUGCUGUUAUGUUCCACUCAGUGUGUUAUAUUUUGUGUCUGUUUUUACUUUUUUUUUGGUCGUCCUGUCAAAAACUAUUCUGAUAGACAUUGUUAUCUUCUAACGUUGCACUGAGUGUCUUCUACCCCUCACUCAGCUAAUCGUAGGUAAACGAGUCUAAGUACGGAGGGGUGAUGGUGACAAUUCAUGUGUACAUGUUUACUCAAGGACUUUUUUUUUCAUUCUAUCUGUAAAAAGUUUAUCUACCUUAUAGUGGCUUUUAUUGUGGAAUAAUCCAAUACAAGGAUUAUCAUUAAGUAUUGCACCAUUUUGUUCCAGUUAUACAAAAACAAUGUAGAUUAAAAAAAAUUAAAAAAAAGAAGUACUAAAAAAAUUUUAAAAAAGCAAAAAAUGGGAAAAAAAACAACAAAGAACUGUGGCCAUAGAUAGCUGUAGGACUAGUAAUCCCGAUGUUAACUUCAUGGAGAAAUGGAAAGGGAUAGUGGGAAGUGUGGGAGGUGAGUUUGUUACAAGACUCAUUUCAGAGGUGCCUAUCUUUUCUGUUUUUGUUUUGCAAAAGUCACCUGUCGUUUACAAGCAUUUCAUUUGUCUGAAGUUCAAGGAAAUAGGAACUUAUAACACGAAUGUUGUUCAAAAAAAAAAGGACAAAUUUAAUUUUCCAUCAAAAAUGGACAUGAAAAUCUUGCAAAAUGAAGAUUUAUGCUACUUUCAGAACUCUGGGAUUGAUCAGUGUUGUGUCAUAUUUCAAUUUUUGAUUUCUCUUUCAGUGUCGAUAGACUAUCUCUGUAUGUAUCAAGUUGUGAUUUUAUUACUUCUGUAAUACUGCAAUGCAGUUUGCUCACUAUCUUGCACACUCAUAAAAGAUGUGGAUUUUGUCUCAGGAAGGCCAGGGUUCCAGAUACCAACUCCAUCAUUUCUUGGUUUAAUGUUUGUGUGAAAAAAAGCAACUGAAAACUAUUAAACUCCAAGCAAGCACUGAAGUUUAUGAGUUUAACAGAAUAUAGAGAGUACCAUUGUUUCUUUAAAACAACAAAAAAUGUUCGUAGCAAGUUACAUAUUUACCAAAUAAGACUGAGAAUCAACUUUGAGAAAAGUGGAGCGCUUUACAUGUGAAAUCUAAGUAGAAAUUGCUUUACAUUUAAACAAUGAUCAAUGGUUUGAUUGACAAAAAUGCAUUUGUAUGUUUUGUUCUUUUAAGUUUCCAUCCUGUAGUUCAGGAGCAUCGUGCAAGACUUUCUUUUUUUUCUUCCUUUUUUUAAAAAAUCAUCUCUCCUGUCUGUUAACAUGCCUGUUCCUGUAGCAGGUAUUCAAUAGUUGAGAGAUUUCUUAACAUGUAACAGAUGGUUUUCAGAGGCAGGUUGAAGUGGAGGAAUAAAGCUGGUUUUUAAAGGAUCAUGAUCUAUGCACAAGUGGGAGGGAAGAGUCCAAACCCUGCUGCUGUACUGCAGGCGUUUGUCGACUCAGGUUCUGGGGUUCAGGGUUUGAUGUAGGGUUGUUUUACUGCUUUUUUUUUUGUCUUUUGCUCAAAUUUAUUCCACUCCCCCCCUCCCCGCACCCCAUCGUCAUCUAAUGUUUUAGCAAAACCUUACAUUGCGUCGUCAUGCUGUGUAAUCCUUAACCAAUGAGCGCUUCUCCUUCUGCUAAAGCACUGUGGGUUGUACUGAGAAAAAGCCCAGGACUUUUAAGGCUGUCUGUUUUUUAAGGGGAGGAGGGUGGGUGGGGGAGUGGGGGCACUUUGCCUUUGCCUUUCUCUUUACUUUGGGAAAAAGAAAAAAAAAAACAUUAAGGAAAAAUGUCUGUAACUGAAAUACAAAGUUGUGGCUUUUAAUGUCGUUCUUUUUUCUCCUCAUAGAAUGUGAUUGUUAAAGACAUGCACCGGAAAAAAAAUGUUUCCAUUGAUUAUGGAGCUUCUUUCGGACUAUAUUAAUAAAUUGCAAAUUUUCUUGGCUGUUA